AUGUUUACUUCAGAUCAUGGACUUAGAGUUCGUCGGUUAUAUAAACUUAUAUUACGAGUUCAUCGAGGUUUACCAGCUGAAUUACGGAUACUAGGCGAUAAUUAUGCUAGGGACGAAUUUAAACGACAUAAAAAUUGUAAUUCAGAUGAAGCUUGCAUUUUUCUAAACGAGUGGACAAAUUAUGCAAUUAAUUUAGCAAAGCAGAUGAAGCCACUGCAACAGGCCAAAAAGAAAACUGUUGGUGAAUACCUUGACCCUACAUUACUAGAUUAUAUGACAGAAGAUCAGCUUGUACAAUUGUAUCAGUUACACAAAGCGGCUUCUUUAGGACAUGAACAACCGGACAGUACUUUAGACCAACACAAAAAAUGA